UAAAGGGAUGGGGAGAACAGGGGAUAAUAAACCCUAAAGAGUAAAACUGUACUGGUUUUGCAUAGUGUUCCUUAAUUUUAUUAAGUUUCUUAAUUUAUUUAAAAGAGGAGGGACAACACUUAAUGCACCACUCAUCAGUAUACUUUUUCUCUGUAGAACCUAGAAAGGCCUUUGCAGAUGCAUGCAGGCUGAUGAAGGUGGUGCCUGUCUUACACUUGAUUCAAAGCUUGGCCAAGCCUUUUAUAUAUCUGAACCACCAUGGUCUAGGACUCAAAGGUGUCAAAGUCACUGUUAGUGUUAUGGUAUCCAACACAACCAUCACCCAUUUAGAGUUAGAAGAAAAGUGCAUUUUGGUAGGAGCCAUAUGCACAGCAGAGAUGCUAUGAGAGAAUCCCUCCCUUCAAGAACUGGGCAAUUACCAAGUGAAGGAGCUGAACCUUAGCCACAAGGAGUUCUCUGAGAAAGGAGGACUUCUCCUAGGAUAGAUGCUUGGAAACUUAAUUUAUUACUCCUGCAAAACCAGGAUGUCAUGGUUUAGGAACAGCACUCCAAACCACAAGCCGACAGAGUUGGGGAAUGAAACUUUCAUCAAGUUGCAGGAUUUGGUGUGUUGAAUGUGUCCUGAACUAGAUGUCAUCUACAGUGAGGUUGAAGGCUGUAUCAUCAAGAUCCAACAGUAUCCAAAUCCCAUGGAAAUUAUUCAGAAAUAUUUGAAAGAGCACAACCUACAACUCUGAGACUUUUUUAGGAUUAUUGAUGACAAUGGAAACAUGAAGAUUCCUGUGGCAGCCUUCUGGAAAGCCAUGAUACAGCAACAAAUCAUCCCACUGGAUUGAGUCCAAAUUGGGGAACUAGUGCACAAUCUAGACCGGAAUCAGACAGCAGUUGUGGAUUAUAGUCACAUAGAAAAGCAGAAGCCAGCACAGAAGUUUGUGGAAGGGGAAAUCAAGGAGGAAAAAAAGGAAAAGCCAUAA